CGUCUUUCCAGAAAGCUCCUAAUGGCUCUGGAGUGAGAACAAGUCGUCAGUGCGCAGCUGCCCACUCAACAGGGUUUGAUGCUUGUGUAGUUGAUACAUCAGCAUCCGGCAAGAAGGAAAACCACAGUGGAGGAGCAGGGAUACGCGUGUGUUCCUCUGGAAGUUCUCACCCUGUGCUCCAUCGCCUUCACAGCGGCUCUGCGCUCAUAGUUCUUCGGAGGCUGUCAGGUGUGUUCGUCACGUUGCUGCUGGAAGCGCUUGGAAACACAGAGAACUCAUCUCAAGAAUUUACAAUUUAUUUGUUUCUCUGAGGUAUUCAAGUGCCCUGAACGCAUGAAUAGAUGCAGAGCAUGCUACAUUGUCAUCCUACAGAGGAGUGACAGUGUCCCUGCCAGGCCCGCUGGGAGAGGACCAUGGCCCUGAGUGAUGCGAGCGGAGACCCUGUGGCCUUCAGUAAUGGAAGGCACCAUCCCCUCGGCUCCAAUGGCAAUGCCCCUUCAAACACCUGUACACUUGUCAGCAACAGCCAGGACCCUCUCACAGCUGCCUGUAGUAGUGACUGUCUCUCCGCAGAUGGCGGUGAAGACGUUACAGUAAAGGACGUAGCAUCUAAAGUGCAGCAGAAGCAGCAGAAACCAGUAGUUGUCAAACGAACAAAUAGGCUUAGCCAAAACAGUGCGACGGUCAAACAGAACGGCUCCCUGAAGAACCUUCCACCUUCCUCCACUGCCUCCUCUUCCUCCUCCACCGGCGCCGUCACAGACACCCAGAAACUGUCCGACUUCCACCUUCCCUCCACCCAUUCUUCGUCCUCCUCCUCAUCUCCUCUCCAGCCCCCACCACUCUGCUGCCAGCACUGUCACUUCCACUCCGCCUUCUGCUGCCCCUGCGGACAGCAAGAGUGCCCGCUCUUUCAGAAUCCAAGCACAGGCACCGUCCCCGGCUCGGUUCCCCAACCCGGGACCACUUCAUCCUGCCCGUGCUGCGCCUCUGGCUGCACAUACUCCCAUCCCCACUCCCAUCCUCCUCACUCAUCCUCCCCUCUCUGUCUUCAUCACCACCAUCACCAGCGCUGGCAGGAGCACCUCCAGAGUCAUCCACAUGCAACUGGAAUCAGCCCUGCAAGGCCCUUUCGAUUCCCCAAAAGCUAUUCUGAGCUGAUAGCCGAUUGGCCAGUUGUGGUGCUGGGGGUGUGCACAGUGCUCAUUGUAGUGUGCGCCCUAGUGGGCGUCCUGGUGCCUGACCUCCCGGAUUUCUCUGACCCAUUGCUGGGUUUUGAGCCACGGGGAACAGCCAUUGGCCAGCGACUGGUCACAUGGAACAACAUGGUGAAGAACACAGGCUACAGAGCCACACUGGCUAACUACCCCUUCAAAUAUGCAGACGAGCAGGCCAAAAAUCACCAGGAGCCCCGGUGGCCAGAGGACCACUUUGACAGAGACAAACGAUCAGCAGAGUGGGAUUUCAGCAAAGAGUUUUUCUGUGAUGUGCCAGGUGACAGUUACUCUCGAUUGGUGUUCACAUCAGCUGAGGGGAAGAACCUGUGGAAUAUUCAGGCCAUCAAAUCAAUGUGCAACCUGGACAACACAAGGGUACGUUCUCACCGGGACUAUUGGAGUCUUUGUCAGCGCACCAAUGACGCCUCCUGUUGCCCCAGCUGGACGCUUGGUAACUACAUCGCAGUCCUCACCAACAGGUCGUCCUGCCAGAAGAUCACUGAGCGCGAUGUGGCGCACACGCUCAAGAUCCUACGCUCGUGCGCCAAGUACUACCACAAUGGCACACUGGCUUCUGAUUGCUGGGACAUGACCCUGCGGCGAAAAGACCAGCUGAAGUGUGCCAGUGUUCCCCGGAAGUGCACCAAGUACAACGCCGUCUACCAAAUCCUGCACUUCCUGGUGGACAAGGACUUCCUCAGUCCCAAGAGCUUGGAGUUUCCUCCGCCUGUGCUCAAGUACAGCAUGCUCUUCUCCCCCACAGAGAAAGGAGAGUCCAUGAUGAACAUUUACUUAGACAAUUUUGAGAACUGGAACUCGUCAGAUGGCGUCACCACGGUCACAGGGAUCGAGUUUGGCAUCAAACACGACCUCUUCCAGGACUACCUCCUCACAGACACAGUGUACCCUGCCAUAGCCAUAGUGAUCGUCCUAGUGGUCAUGUGUGUGUACACGCGGUCAGUUUUCAUCACACUAAUGACAAUAAUUGCCAUCAUCAGCUCUCUGAUUGUGUCUUACUUUCUUUACCGAAUGGUCUUCAACUUUGAGUUCUUCCCCUUCAUGAACCUCACGGCUCUCAUCAUCCUGGUAGGCAUUGGUGCCGACGACGCCUUUGUGCUUUGUGAUGUGUGGAACUACACCAAGUUUGACAAACCCCAUGCCGAGCUGUCAGAGACAGUCAGUGUGACCCUGCAACAUGCCGCCCUCUCUAUGUUUGUCACCAGCUUCACUACUGCUGCAGCAUUUUAUGCCAACUAUGUCAGCAACAUCACUGCCAUACGCUGUUUUGGUGUCUACGCUGGGACUGCCAUUUUGGUCAACUAUAUCCUCAUGGUGACAUGGCUCCCAGCUGUGGUUGUGCUACAUGAGCGCUACCUGCCCACCAUGUUCACCUGCACCAAGCCUCCGCACCCGCAAAGUGGUUAUUGCACCCGCACUUUUUGGGCAGGACUCUGCCAGAAGGCCAACAAAUGCCUGUUCUCUGUUUCUGAGGCAUCCAGGAUCUUCUUUGAGAAGGUGCUGCCCUGCAUUGUCAUCAAGCUGCGCUACCUCUGGCUAUUCUGGUUCCUCGCCAUCACCGUGGGCGGGGCCUACGUAGUCUGUGUCAACCCAAAAAUGAAGCUGCCAUCUCUGGAGCUGGCAGAGUUUCAGGUGUUCCGAUCUUCGCACCCGUUUGAGCGCUAUGACGCAGAAUACAAGAAGCUCUUCAUGUUCGAGAGGGUUCACCAUGGCGAGGACCUUCACAUGCCAAUAACCAUCAUCUGGGGGGUGACCCCUUUGGAUAAUGGAGACAACUUGAACCCCAAAAACAAGGGGAAGCUGAUGCUGGAUAACACCUUCAACAUUUCCAGUCCAGCGUCUCAGCUGUGGAUUCUCAACUUCUGCCAGAGGCUGAGGAACCAGACUUUUAUCUUUCAGUCAGAGGAGCAGGACUUUACCAGCUGCUUCAUUGAGACAUUCAAACAGUGGAUGGAGAACCAGGACUGCACAGAGGGCUCUGUCUACCCCUGCUGCAGUCAGUCCACCUUCCCCUACAGGCCUGAGGUCUUUGAAUUGUGCAUCAAGAGAGCCAUCAUGGAGCUGGACCGCAGCACGAACUACCAUCUGGACAGCAAGACCCCUGGGCCUCGCUUCGAUAUCAAUGACACCAUCAGAGCCAUAGUGUUGGAGUUCCAGAGUACCUAUCUCUUUACACUGGCCUAUGAGAAGAUGUACCAGUUCUACCUCGAGGUGGAUGCCUGGAUCACAGAGGAGCUACGCCACGCCCCUGCAGGCCUGAGUCACGGCUGGUUUAUCAGCAACCUGGAGUUCUUUGACCUGCAGGACAGCCUGUCAGACGGCACGCUGGUUGCAAUGGCGCUGUCCGUGGCUGUGGCUUUCAGUGUCAUGCUCCUGACCACCUGGAACGUCAUCAUCAGUCUAUAUGCCAUCCUGUCGAUUGCUGGCACCAUAUUUGUCACAGUGGGCUCCUUGGUGCUCCUGGGCUGGGAGCUGAACGUCUUGGAGUCUGUGACCAUCUCUGUGGCAGUGGGGCUGUCGGUGGACUUUGCAGUCCACUACGGCGUGGCCUACCGCCUCGCUCCAGAGCCCGACCGUGAGGGUAAGGUGAUUUUCUCCCUCAGCCGCAUGGGCUCUGCAAUCGCCAUGGCUGCACUGACCACCUUUGUUGCUGGGGCCAUGAUGAUGCCCUCGACAGUGUUAGCCUACACCCAGCUGGGCACGUUCAUGAUGCUGAUCAUGUGCAUCAGCUGGGCCUUUGCUACCUUCUUCUUUCAGUGCAUGUGCCGCUGCCUGGGACCUCAGGGCACCUGUGGGCAGAUUCCCCUGCCCAAAAACAUGCAGUGUCAGGCCUUCACUGAGGCCACAUCCACAGUCCCCUCAGCUCAGGGGAAAGGCUCUGGCCAGGCCAAGUACCAGCUGGACAGCAGAGAUGGGCAGGUGGAGCAUUAUGAGUUGGAGCCGCUGGCGUCCAGUCAGAAAACUCAAGACAAACCUAGAGAUGAGGAUGAGGUCUGUACUAAGCUUUAUAAUGGAGUCCCGCCACACCACCACACAGCUCCUUAUUCACACAUUCAUUAUAAAAGCCAAACUGAGUCUGGGAGAGCUGGCACUGAGAACGGGUUUGUAGCCACACUGAGCGCACCUUCCAGGUGCCUGUAUUCUCAAAACACGCCCUGCACCUGUGGGGACCCCACUACUCCUCACCCGUCUCAGCAGUUGGGUUCUCCAUCCUGCGCUCAGCCUCCCCAGGACUCUACUUCCUGUCCUCCCACCCCUCAGCUCUUUCCUCACUCAGGAAACACACCAUGCAAACAAAACACUUCUAUCUUACCUGCAAAUGUGGACCCAGUCUACACACACAUCGAGUGCCGCAUGCACUACAUACACUGUCACCCCACCCACUUCCACCACUGUUCACAGGGAAGAGUGGCCCCUAGACAAGGACCUGUGCACAACUGCCAUCUCAGGAAGUACUGCAUCCACGCUGCAGACCUGCAGGCUGGUUCAGCCAGAGAACAAAGGUCCACAGGCUCAGCCUCUGGCUCAGACUCUGCUGGACAGGAUGAGUAUCAGAGACAUGAAAUAAGUCAGUCAAGUCUUGACCAAAAUACCAGCGACAAAACCCAAACGCAACCUCACCCUCAGUGCCCCUCCCCCUCACUGGACUCAUCGCACACAGCCUGUCACGAAAGACAGAAGACGAGGGACAGAGUCCAUUGUUGUGGUGAUAACCACGUAUCCAUCACGACUGCAGAAACAACAACCCGAUUGGAUGCUUGUUGUCAAAUCCCUGGCAACCAGGAGAAGCUUGAAAAUAUUUCCGUCACACGGGAGCAAAGUGUCAAAAAGUGCAAGAGGAGCUCCAAGAGUGAGCGGGCGUCCUCUGCCUCUCCAAAGAAGCUCUACUGUUUUAACAGGACGUUGAAAGUGAAGUGCAAUUCAGCUUCAGAGUUUAACGUGCCAAAAAGUGAAACCAGCGUGCCUCCUAUCGCAAUAAACACAAAUCCCUCAUCUGAGAGCUUGUGUUGAUGAUGAGCGGAUAUUUUGAUCUACUUGAUCCAGAACAAAUGGUAUAUGUCCAGAAAGAGAAACAACCUACUCAGUGUUUUUGUGCAAUGAGACAGUGUUCGAGAUGUGUUGGCUGAUCAAGUGCCUCAAUGUGUUUUAUCAACCAGCACGGACCCACUUAACAAUCUGUUUACAUUCUCUUUUUUAUUUGUACUCACCUUUUCUUCACAUGACAGAUUCUGUGCUUGAUUUUACAGUGAAACACACACCAUUGAUAUAAAGCUAUAUCACAGUGGGAAAUAAAUGUUCACUUUUUCUUCACAAAGACAACUCCAUUGAAGUAAAGUGUUCAGUGGACAGCAGCCAUUUGCACCGACAGGAAAUCGUACAGUAAAUGUUGUGAUAUUGUGUAAUUAUAGAUAUAUACGUUGUCAGAUACGAUCGCACCAACUUCAUCUAGAACGUGGCAGAUUUUACAAGCUGAUAAAAAAAGUCAUUGCCGGACACUUUUUGUAUUUUGUGGGAGCAAGUGUUGAAAUCUCUAUGUUGUGUUCAAGUCUCCACAUGCCUCAGAUAAAAGAUGUACUUUAUGAUUAAAAUGUCUUUUUUUAUCA